GGGUAGGUAGCAGGACUGGUAGAUCCGGCGAUUUAGGUGGAGCACGCGCUCUCCAGAGCUCCCAUAUUUAUACGGCCGCGUCUGCAUGCCAUGCGCCCGCCCAACUAACAAACAAACAUCCCCGCAUCCACUGCCACCCUCCAUGACCCCAGCCGCCAUGGAUCACGACCUGCUCCUUCUCCUCGCCUCCCUCGCCGCCGUCAUCGUCGCCGCCGUCUGGCACCUCCGCGGCCAUGGCAGCGGAGCCAGGAAGCCGAAGCUGCCGCUGCCGCCCGGGCCGAGGGGGUGGCCGGUGCUGGGCAACCUGCCGCAGCUGGGCGACAAGCCGCACCACACCAUGGCGGCCCUCGCGCGCCUCCACGGCCCGCUCUUCCGCCUCCGCUUCGGCAGCGCCGAGGUCGUCGUCGCCGCCUCCGCCAAGGUCGCCGGCAGCUUCCUCCGCGCCCACGACGCCAACUUCAGCGACCGCCCGCCCAACUCGGGCGCCGAGCACGUCGCCUACAACUACCAGGACCUCGUCUUCGCGCCCUACGGCGCCCGCUGGCGCGCCCUCCGCAAGCUCUGCGCGCAACACCUCUUCUCCGCCCGCGCCCUCGACGCGCUCCGCACCGUCCGCCAGGACGAGGCCCGCCUCAUGGUCACCCGCCUGCUCUCCUCCUCGGACUCGCCGGCGGGCCUCGCCGUCGGCCAGGAGGCCAACGUCUGCGCCACCAACGCGCUCGCGCUGGCCGCCGUCGGCAGGCGCGUCUUCGGGGACGGCGUCGGCGAGGGCGCCAGGGAGUUCAAGGACAUGGUCGUGGAGCUCAUGCAGCUCGCUGGCGUCUUCAACAUCGGCGACUUUGUGCCGGCGCUCCGCUGGCUCGACCCGCAGGGCGUCGUCGCCAAGAUGAAGCGCCUCCACCGCCGCUACGACCGCAUGAUGGACGGCUUCAUCAGCGAGAGGGGCGACAGGGCUGACGGCGACGGGAAUGACCUGCUGAGCGUCAUGCUGGGGAUGAUGCGGCAGUCGCCGCCCGCCGGCGGCGAGGAGGACGGGAUCAAGUUCAACGAGACUGACAUCAAGGCUCUCCUCUUGAAUCUGUUCACCGCUGGGACGGACACGACAUCAAGCACGGUGGAGUGGGCACUGGCGGAGCUGAUACGACACCCAGACGUCCUCAAGAAGCUCCAACACGAGCUCGACGACGUUGUCGGAAAUGGCCGCCUCGUCACCGAAUCUGACCUGCCGCAACUCACCUUCCUUGCCGCCGUCAUCAAGGAGACGUUCCGGCUGCACCCGUCGACGCCGCUCUCCCUUCCUCGGGUGGCCGCCGAGGACUGCGAGGUGGACGGCUACCGCAUCCCCAAGGACACCACCCUGCUCGUCAAUGUGUGGGCCAUCGCCCGUGACCCGGCCUCAUGGGGGGAUGACGUCCUAGAGUUCAGGCCCACCCGAUUUCUCCCGGGCGGGUCGCAUGAGAGCGUGGACGUUAAGGGGGGCGACUAUGAGCUCAUUCCUUUCGGGGCGGGCCGAAGGAUAUGCGCGGGCCUCAGCUGGGGCCUCCGGAUGGUCACGCUCACGACUGCCACGCUCGUGCACGCGUUCGACUGGACCUUGGUUGAUGGCAUGACACCUGAAAAACUCGACAUGGAGGAGGCCUAUGGUCUCACCUUGCAGCGGGCCGUGCCGCUAAUGGUUCAGCCCGUGCCGAGGCUACUGCCGUCGGCGUACACGAUGUGAUGUUUUAUCGUGGAUCUUUGGCGUGUUUUGGUUCCUUUCGAUCCGAUGUACCUUGUGUUAAUUAUUUCAUAAUGUUUGGAUCGGUUGUAAAAGAAAAGUGUGCGCGGGCGUGGCGGCGGGUUGUCAAUUACUCUGGAAAAAUAAGCAUGACAUUAUUUUGGAA